CAUUGACGUUUCCACCACUCCUUUUGGAAAGCGUCGUCUGAAAGUUCACAUCUUCGUUGUUAUUUCUGAAGAAAUCGUUUGAGACCGGCACGUUCUUCUGUACAGCCGUUUGUAUCCUACUUGCAGCAGACCGUCCACAGGCGGAGGCAGCGUUUUUUCGGCAGCCUGAAAUCGCAAAGCUCAACCCAGCGCGGCCCCAGCCUCUUUCCCCAUACCGUGCACGGUGGUCCGCCGGCGGCUUCGCGACGAGGGUCUCUGCAGGCAAAGUAGAAACACGCGAAGGACGAGCCAUUUGCGGGCGUCUGGCAGUCUGCUCGGGGCGGCUGCGUGUGAUUUUCUUUUCUGUGUUCUUUGGAGUUGUCUUGUCUCAGAAAUCGGUCAUCUUCUUGCUGUUUGUCUGCGCGGCGCGUUUUAUUUCUACCAAGAGAGAGUGUUGUCGAAUGAACGCCCCUCCGUCCGCCAGCCAGCUCGCUUGUGCCGUAGGAAGAAAGCAACGUUCCUGAAACACGUCAGACGACUACGUGCGUUGGGGCCCUGUUCGUCGUUGAACAAACACACAUUUCCUUUUGUGCACGCUCUCGAAACUGACCGGGACCGCGUCCUUUUCGGCUUCCCCGACUUCGUCUGUCUCGCGGUGCGUGUGUCUUGAGCCUUCCCCGCCUUCGACUUUUCUUUUCGUCAAGAUGUAUUCCCUCGGCGUCGAAGGGGAUGAGACCCUGCUGGCUCAGAACCAACUGAGCAUGAGCAGUCGUCAGGGUACCGGCUACAUGGUGGGCCAUCAUACGAUGAGCAGCACGAUGGGAGGAGCUGCUCCAGCCGUGUUCGUUGACGAAGAUGCAGAGCCGAGUCCGCGUGGUGAAGAACAUACCCCGAUCAUCCACUUCCUCACCACCAAGCUCCUCCGCUUUUCGCUGUCUCUCAAGUCCGUGUCGAUGGCUCUCAUGUGCAUCUUCUUCCUCGCCUUCGGCGGUCGCUGGGUCUUCACCUUCCACGCCUACCCAGACAUGUCAAACGGCUUCCACUUGUCCAUGGUUGUCCUCAUGACUAUCUACCUCAUCGGCACGCUCUUCCUUGCGCUCUUCCAGGCCUUCGUUGCUGAUGACUCCAAGUGGACCAAGGGAUUCCGAACUGGCUCGAAGAUCCUGUCUGCCGCGGUGACGUUGGACGGCUUGGCCGCCAUGCUCCGCCUCGUCCAGUACCUCUACCUGUACAACUACCUGUCCGUUGUCUGGUGGACCAAGUUCAACGUGUCGAAGUCGGAGUGGAUCCUCUUCACCGUCAGCAACGUCUUGGACGGUCUCUCCCUCCUAUCCUACGGCUGGGCCUUUUUCUACAUGGAGGUCUACCACGAUGAGGGCACAUACGAGGAGCUCGCCUGGGGCAUGUUUGGCCUCUUCUCCCUCUCCGGAGUUCUCAUGAUCCUCAUGGUCUUCGCGGGCUUCGGCGCUGUCUUCAUGCUCCUGACCGUGGCUGGCGCGUACGCGACUGCCUGCUACUGGGCGUACCUGUUCGAGCCGCUGCUGGACAAAUGGUCCCCCGAGCUCCACUGCCGCGACAUCAACACGGACAUCAUGCCCACUGAGGGCUCGCAGCAAGCUGCGACAUGCGCGUCGCCCACUGGCACUGGCUACUACGGCACGAACCAGACGAUCGGAAGCGCUCCCGGCGCCGUUUACCAGCCUCUUCAGACUGGACUGUCCCCGGACGCUCUGGGCCGGAUGGGCAGCAUGGGCAACUACGUCGCCCAACCGGAAGGCGGCAUGGAGAUCCCCACUCAGUACGACUAUUCCCAGCUGCAACAGCAGGUCUCGCGCGAGGUCGAAAUGGGUGUUGUGAACCCCAACUACCAGUAGACACAAACCGUAGCACAGGGACAGAAAUGCGCGUUGUUCGGGUAACCUGGAUGGGGGAUCGAAACAAAUGCGCUCCACAUGAAAGAUGGGAUGGGAAGCAGUGCCGCGGGGCACAGAACGGCGAAAGUGGAACGAGAAAGCGCGUUUCAGUUGCUUAGACUGCCAAGAGCAGCUGAAAGACCGCUGUACCGCACGCCUCGCCGAAGCGGGAGAGGGACAGUCUCGGGACGACGCGAGUCAGAAGUCGACCUCUGACUUCAGGGUGUUCAGUGCUGGGUGCCUCUCUGCUGAGGUAAAAAGCCUCCCGGCUCUUCCGCGCAGGAAUAAUGGUUUUCUCGGUGACUUUCUUGUCUUACGGGCACCUGCUAUGGUUUCUACAUAAAUGUACAUGCGUUCUCGAAACACUACGGGAACUCUUUGAUUUUUUUACAAUUCCGAUCGAAAAUCGUCGCACGCGUCCCCCGGGCAGUGCGGCCGAAAGCCACCGGGC